AUGAUACCGUAUGACUUUUGGUCAAUCAACUAUAGAAGACAGUCAACAAAAAUGAACUCCGUCGCGUUUUAUCUCCUCCUCCUCCUCCUUAUCUCCGUCGCUACCCCGCCGUCAACCACCGCAACAACGAUCGGAGUCACCUACUCAACACCACCGUCAAUCUCCCCCUCCUCAGCCACUCUCUCCCCGGACAGAAUCGCCGCGCAAGUCGUCUCCAUGAAGAUCCCGGCCGUUAGACUCCUCGACUCGAACCCCUCGAUGAUCCGCGCCUUCGCCUACACCAACGUCUCCGUCUUCCUCUCCGUCCCCAACCCCCUCGUCCCCCUCCUCGCCUCGAACCGCUCCCUCGCGAUGCGCUGGUGCUACCGCCACGUCCUCCCUUUCUACCCUCGCACGAAGAUCACCAUCAUCUCCGUCGGAAACGACGUCGUCUCCUACUCCCCCGACGUCUCUCCCUUCCUCCUCCGAGCGAUGCAGAACGUCCACCUCUCGUUAGCUGAUCUGAGGAUCUACAAGAUCUCAGUAUCCACGACGUUCUCCUUCUUCAACGUCGUCCCCACGGCUUUCCCUCCUUCCUCCGCGCAGUUCCAAGAACCUACCGGAGAAGUCAUCAUCCGCCCGAUCUUGCAGUUCUUGGAAAGAACCAACUCCUCUUUCUUGAUCAACCUCUUCCCUUACAACAUGUACCGCUCCAGCUUCUCGAUUCCGAUAGGUUUCGCUCUGUUCGAGGAGGGGCCUUUCAACUUCAGAGACGAUCUCACCACGGGGGUGAGGUACCGUAACUUGUUCGAUAUGAUGGUUGACGCUGUGAUCAGCUCGAUGGCUGUGAUGGGACAUGAGAAUCUCCCGGUGAUUGUUGCGGAGACGGGGUGGCCUAGCUCCGGGAUUGAUGCUGGUGAAGUUGAUGCGACGUUGCUGUAUAGCGAGAUGUUCUUGAAAGCUUUGUUGGCGCAUUUGAGAAGUGGAGGUGGUACGCCGUUGAGGAAGGAAGGUGUUGCGGAGGUUUAUGUCUUUGAGCUUGUUGAGAAGGAAGCUAAGCAAGGGGUCAGGAACUGGGGGCUUUUGCAUCAUAACAUGACUAGCAAGUACAGCUUUGAGUUCUCGGAUGGUGGGAAAGGAAGAAGAUUUGUGGAGGUUUUGGUUGGGUUCUUUGUGGAGGUGGUGAUGCUUUGUCUGUUGAUGUAGACGAGAGAUAAAUAUGCUCACAUCAAAACCAGUGAAGUUGCAGCACACCAAGAUUCAUUUGACAGAGCAACCAUGUCUUGUGUAUUCUUAGCUUGAAAUGGUAAAGAGUGUGUUUUCUGCGGUUUUACUUUUUCAGUAUACUUCUUCUGCCAAUAAACAUUGUCUUUGUUAUAUGAACUUUAAAGAGAAUUAAAAAAAAACAAAUGUUUACUCAUAUGGAGCAAUGGAAUUGAAUCAUUUGGAUGCAGUAUAGCUCUUUUGCCUCAUA